CAUAGAACCUCGAUUCUACAUAACUGACAUCAUCACCUCUUCAACUCGCGCCAGAAAACCGCAGUCCAGAAUCUGCAAUGGAUGUCUACUACGGUUUGGCAGCGUCUUGUAGCCUCACUUGACCUUUACUGACAUGGCAGCCUAUACCUAUGGCACGACAGCAUGGAAUAUAAUCCAGGCCAUCCCGCUCAUGGCGUCGCCUACCAUCAUUCUGACCAUCCUCUCGCCUGAGGUCCGAGAGGCAACCGUACUCGAAACAUACUUUUCGCGAUCUCUUGGCUUCACUCUCCUAGCCCUAGGUAUCCUCAAUUUAGUUCUUACUGGAUCGAUACCGCUAAGCUCUAGGCUACAAAUCGGCAAUGGUGUAACAACUGAUCCAUCAGACCCGAAGGCGCCGUUCGCGAUACCUACUCUGAGCAUAACUUUAGUUUACCACGCCGUUGCGGGCUUCUAUACUUAUGCAAUGUGGACUGAAGAGGGAUCUUUUGCGUUUGGGCUCUCCACAGGCGUCAGCACCAUACUGGCGGCCGUUGGUCUAUGGUGUCUUUUGUUUGCAAGUAGUGAUGGCAGGAUCAGCCGCAAGACUGGCGCCGACAAGCGUACAAGUGGUUUUCCAUUCAAGAACACCGAGGCCGCGAAGAAGAAUAUUGGUAAGAAGCGCUGAAUUCUUCUCGAGGCUAUCCGGAAGACUGCAAAGCUGGGGGUCUGGCCAUGUAGGUUAACCAGAUAAGCCGUGUAAGAUAUUGCAUUACGAAGCAAUAACAAUAUAUGUCAGACAAUCCGCUGAAUCAAGCAAUAUGUGGUCGGUUGAGGGAACAUACCGGUCAUGUCAGCGAGUAAGUUUGUUUACUAGAGAUUGACCGAUUGUUUUCGAUGAAAAUCCUCCUGAGUAACUCUAGUCGGAGCGAUGUUCAAACAAUCCAUCUAGUUUUUCGUGAUAUGCUAAUAUCUGCAAGCCUCAAUUUUCUACUACAUUUUCUACUAUAG